UCUCUGUAACAUUUUUCAGCAUUUCAGUAGAAUAAGAUCUUAGAGAGUCAAUCUGAUUCAGGGCAUGACGUUUCAGUGUUCUUACACUGGGUCUACCCAAGUAGCGUCGUAAAGACUUCCAAUAUUCCUAAGGGUAACGCUAAAUUAUGUCCAACCUUCUACAACCGCCCGAUUCUAGGUGCAAGAAAUAAAGACAAACUGCCUGAUUCUGCCACUUCUAUGUGCAUUUAUCAAUUCAACUGUUCUUGUGGAGUGAGUUACAUUGGGCGUACAAUGAGGCAGUUCCAUCGUCGAAUUUCUGAGCACUACCCAUCAUGGUUGAACAAGGGACAAAUUAGAACUAUAAAGAGCUCCAUACUUGCACACUUAGUUGACACAGGACAUCAAGUGGUUACUGGAAAAGCCUUCAAAAUUAUCCAUCAGAUUCCAACUAAUUUACCUCAUGGAUUACGCACUCGGUUACUUCACAUAGCAGAGGCAAUUGCAAUCCACCUUUACAAACCUAGCCUUUGUAUCCAAAAGAAGUUUGUUCGACCACUUUCAUUACCGCAGCCGUCAACAUGAUGUAACUUCUAGGCUUAUUUUGUGCACAUCUUCCCCUUCUUGUUUCUAUCAAUAUUUCCUAUUUUAGUAACUCUGUUGAUUAUUUACAUCAUUAUUUCCGAAACACCACGGGAUUGGUAAUUUGAUUAAAUUGUAAACCUAUAUAUUAGUGUAGAGUCCAAGAUGAAGACCUAAUUGGAAAGAAAUAUAUUUCAUCGCUCAAUCAGUCUUUUUCAAUUGAUUUUGUUUUCGUAAAGUAAUGGAAAGUUUACCAUACGGUAAUAAUACAUUUGUUGUGAAGCAAGACAUUUGUCUU